GCUUCAGAAUAGUGCCCUACGUGUCGAAUUGGGCUCUAUUUGUAAUCGAGCCUCGGUAAUCGCUAACAACAGUAUGUCUAGCCAUAAGUAAGUAUAAUGGGUAGACAAGAAUGGAUAAAUAACGUGAUAUACUUCCAGGCGCGGUGUCGCGGAUAUCUGCUGAGGAGAGAAGUGAGGUGUGUUCGGGCUGAAUAUGAGGACAUAGUGAGGGAACUGGAUGGAGGUGUGGAGCACCUGGUGUGGAGAGGGAAGGUCAUACCCAAACCUCACUUCAGUGACGCUGAGACGGACGGCGACUUUUUCGAACAUCUUCAGCCAAAGAUCCAGACCCAGGAAUGUCCUGAGCACCUGGAGGAAGUGAAGGUGCAUGAUGAAACACCUUGCCUCCACUCACAGGUUCCUGAGAAGGAUAAAGAAACGAGUUGUGUUCCAGAGAGAGACCGCGUAGACACCAACACGCCACCUGCGGGCGAUACAGAGCUAGACGACGUGACAGAAACACCUGCUCAGGCUCUGAGCAACAGCAGCAUGAGCAACAGCACACUGCAGCAUGUUCCCGUGAUGCACGCUCUGCUGAAAGAUGUACCACACACUCCUGAAUCCCUGAAGCAGCACAGAAACAAUCUGGUAAUGGAGCUGUUGUGGAUCCAACAGGCCAUCGCCAGCAGAAAGAAAUACCUGACCCUGAAGCAGAAGAUGGAAACAUCGCCACCGAGGAGCUGAAAGAGUGGACACUUGAGUGUUUAGUGGCUUUGCAAGUGAAGGUUUAAUUGGACAUGAACGUGACCUUCUUAUUGACCUCCUUCAUUAUUCUCCUGUCAUCUGUUUCUUCCUGCUGGAGAUGAGCGAAGCAGGUUAUAAAGAACCGAAAGGCGGUUUUGUAUCGAUCCCUGUCGUUGUGCCUGUUUUUUUUUAAUUCUCUGAAGAUCAUCUCUAAUAAAUGUUAUUUAUCUUGAACGUG